AUGGUCGACGCCCGCUUUUGGGACACUGCCUUCGCCUCGACGCUCCGCCUCUACUCACUUGACACCUCCGAACAAAGCUCCGUGAAACCCGAUUGUGAUGAUUUGGAGGAACGGUUUGCUCUUCAAGAUCCGAACACCCAGCAUUCGACGAACCAAAUGCAGCCGUUUUCCGGAGUAAUGAGACCCGCGCACCACCGGAGAGCCCACUCGGAGGUCAAUUUCCGGCUGCCGGAGGAUCUGGAUCUGGCGUCGGACCCAUUCGACGCGCCGGCCGGGAGUUUCGAGGAAAUGGGAUCCGAGGACGAUCUGUUCUCCACCUACAUGGAUAUGGAGAAGCUAGCUGGCCGCGGAUCUGCAAUCGUAGACUCUGUUUUCGACAAUGAUGGCGGCGGGACGGCGGAGGAGGCAGAGAAGAGUGGCGAAGGCGGUGGAGCUGUGUCUAGGCCGAGACACAGGCACAGCAACUCGGUUGACAGCUCGAGCUUGCUGUUCAAUGAGAGUGGCAUCGAAGCUAAGAAAGCUAUGGCGCCGGAGAAGCUGUCUGAGCUGUGGUCUGUUGAUCCUAAGAGAGCUAAAAGGAUUUUGGCCAACCGGCAAUCUGCAGCUCGAUCGAAAGAGAGAAAGGCACGUUAUAUAUCCGAGCUGGAGAGAAAAAUUCAGACCCUUCAAACUGAGGCAACAACUCUCUCAGCUCAACUCACUUUGUUCCAGAGAGACACAUCAGGGCUGGGCAAUGAGAAUACAGGGCUUAAGCUUCGGUUGCAAGCCAUGGAACAACAAGCUCAGUUACGUGAUGCACUUAAUGAGGCACUGAAGCAAGAAGUGGAGAGACUGAGAAUGGCCACUGGAGAAAUAUCGUCCACAAAGGACACAUUUAGUUUAUUACCUACGCAGCAACUCUCUUACAACCAAUCAACUUUCUUUCCCCAUCAGCUCAACGAUUAUCGUAAUUUUUCAAUGCAACACUUUCUGAGUUUUCCCGACCCGUCACACGAGGACCCUCUCGGGCGAUUUCAGGGCUUCGAUAUCGGCAGCUGGGCCCCACACCCCGUGAAAUCCGAGGGCCCGUUUAUUUGUGCAAGUGAAAGCAGCACCGCAUUCUGA